GCUGGCAGAUGAUGAAAAAUACAUCAACAAGGCGUCAAACGGCAAACGGGCGAACCAACGGGAAAUUAAACAACAGAAAGUCAAUUUGGCGGACGCUGGGCAGUUGUCGACUCACGAAAUCGUUGGAGGCGGGCCUGAUGAAGAAGCGCCACAAAUCCGCUGGUGACUGGCGAGAAACGUGUGACUUGUAGUGAAUUCGGAGUUCGACGGAAGUACGACGGUUCUGAGGAACGCGAGAAGAAGGAACUCCUUCGCCAGGAUAAUUGUCCGCGCGGACCGUUCUACGGAUCCUGCAAUGUUUAACGUCUAAAAGCAAAACUUGGACAUAAAAUAGAACUAGUUUGCGCUGUAUAUAGUGCACUACAUUCAAGACUUUGAUAAAAUAUAGAAUUGAAAAGAGUAGAGGAUUAAAAGCGGCCAAAAUGAAGCACCCUACGGGUAAUCCAUCGACUUUGUUUUGCGAGCAAGUUAGCACCGUAACGUUGCUUUUUGAAAAAUGGAAUGAUUGCGAACGAGCCGUAGUGAUGUACGCGUUAUUGAAGCGGUUAUCAUUCCCCACUUUAAAGUUUUUGCAGUUCUCAAUAGAAAGCAAUUUGACACAGAACUUCGGUUCGCAGAAGAAUUUAAAUUCGAUUGAAGCAAACGCAAAUGAUACCAAACACCUACAGAAGUUAGUGAAUAUUUAUAAGUCAUUUUCAAUUGCCGAGUUAUCGCAAAUAGCGGACAAGGACUCGAUCUUAUAUGAGUCCGAUUUGUACUUGAAGGAUGCGGAUAAAAAUUACAAUAAUAAGGAAGACGUCCUCCAUGAUAUUUUGAACAUGAUUCCACUUCUCAAGCCAGGCAAUGACGAAGCGAAAAAAAUAUAUUUAUCGCUGAUUCCCUUGGCUGUAGAGGACACAGUGCGGCAAAUAGUUGCAGCCGAACUGGUACAACAAAUUUUCUCAUAUUUAUUAAUUCAUCCAGCCAUCUCUAACGAGGACCGACGGUCGCUUAGCUACUGGCUCCGUCAUCUCGAGGAUCACAUCCAAUCAUCUUUUGCGUCAGGACAACGGAGUUUCUAUAUUUUGACAAAUCCUAACGAGACUCCUCCGGAGAGCUUGAACACAUCGUUUUCUUCGAUGAAUAGCACCCAGCAAAACCCAUGGCAGGCCAUCGCGCCGCCUGCAAGCAAACAACACCUUCCACAACACCCCAUCUCACAGCAACUUUCCAACCUAACUUUAUCAUCCUUAAAUUCAGCAUCGUCGACAAGCUCGAGCGACUGGAAUUUGAAUAUUUUGAACCUGCAAACAAACGGUGGCGUGAAUAAUGCUAGCUCUAGUCAAAAUAGCUUGGGCAUUGCUAUUGAAAGCAACGAAUCUGAUAAUGUGACCGAAGAUACACAUAUUUCAUUUUCCAAAAAUGGUACUGAGGUUUUGGACUUCGAUGACAAUUCAGACGAAGGUGGAAACUGCAAUACGCAAGUUGCCUACAUUGGAGAUCAUCUGCACGUACCUGGAUUGGGAAAUGUUGAUAAUCCUGCGUUGUCUAUGAAAACCAGAAGGUCGAACAGUUUGACAACUCCAUCCACAUCCUCGACUGUGAAAACAAUAGGGCAGAAAAUACGAGAGUCAAAUUCAACUGAAAAUUUGACACAGUUUGCUCAGAAACCGCGAAGCUAUUCAUUGUCGAUUGAAAGCCCGAGGAAUUCGUUGCAAUCAAGUGGGUCUGAGCCUCGCCUCGAUGACUUAAAACCAAAUUAUUUGAAAUUUACGACACAUAACGUUGGCAUGUCAAACAUAGGGCAAUGGUUAAAGAGUCUUCGGUUGCAUAAGUACGUUGGAUUGUUUACAAACAUGACAUACGAGGAUAUGAUGCAGAUUAAUGAGGAGUACCUUCAAAGCUUAGGGGUGACAAAAGGAGCUAGUCACAAAUUGGAGCUAUGUAUUGAGAAGUUGAAACAUCGCUUCACAAAUCUAUCUACAUUGGAAGCAAAUCUUUUAGAGAAUAAAGUUGCCCUGGGUAGUGUUAUUGAAGAGCUAGCAAAUCUGGUCUUAACGCCGAUGAAACCAGUAGAUAACCAUAGUGGAGACAAUGUUGCUGCCAAAUUUUUGGAAGUACUGGAUAUAGUAUCCCAAAUGGUUAUCGAACGAGAAACAUCAUCUACACAGGAUGAAGAGCACGCAAAUGGAACACUUUGGAUAUUAGAGCGGGCUUUACAUAGUGAAGCUUUUGUUUCACAUACCAAUGUAUUGAAGGAGUAUAAAUUUAAACUUUCGAAAAUUAAGAUGCAAUUUUUGCCAAAAACACAUCAUUCAAAAGGAAAUACUUCCAAUACAGGAGCUAAGUCAAGGUGGAACAGUGCUAAAGGGCGCAAGACAGAUGGUAACUCGAAAUCUGGAAGUAGUGAUCGCAUACAUCGAAAAAAUUCUAGUGAUGCUUCAAACUUCCCCCAAAACUCCUAUCCACAACAACAGCAAAAUAAUUUGCAAAUGCCAUCAAACAACAACUCGCAACAUUAUCCCCAAGAAAGUGAUAAGUUUCAGUCUUCCUCGCAGCGACAUCAGGGUCAGUUUUACAAUACCAACAAUAUGACAUGUCCAACAGCGUCUUCGUCAACGAACUCUCAAUACAAAAGCGCAUCUUACCCAAGUUUCUCAGGCGUCGGUUCCACUAAAGCAAUGCAUCAGGCACAUCGACAAGAACAACAAUUACCGCAACAUCAACAGCAAUAUCGCCACCAUCGGCACUCGUUCAAUAACUUAAUCGUUCUUUCAAAUGCGCAGCAUCAGCCACAGCAACCAGAGGUAACGUUUGGCAAAGCCCAAAAGCCAUCUGCAGGCACUCUAACACUAAACCAACAAAUUCGCCCUCCGGCGCAACUGUCCCAAUCGUCAUUACCACUAGUUUCAACCGCGAAAGAUAGCCAACCACCAGCUUCUGUAACCGCCCGACCAUUGAAUCGGGCCCAGAGAAGAGAUGAGUGCAAUGCGACAAACGGUAAUGAUUUAAAAGGACAUCCUGGCAGCUUAUCGAAGAGUUCGAAUUCGAAAAAUAUCGUGGGUGAUAUCAAUAGUAGUUUAGAGUUGUUGUGCCUGCAAAUGACCGAACAGGCGAUGAAGUAAUGCUAAAAGUGCUGGUGUGAUGUGAUGUUUGAGGACUUACAAGUCAGUUAAGGCAUGCAGACGAAUUCUGGAAAUUCAAAGUUUUUCCGCUUUAGUCUAAUCUUAAAAAAUGAACAGAAAUAUUUUCUGUGUCGCCGUAGACGGCGAGUUAAGUGUUUCUUUUUAUAUCUCCAUUAACGCUUAGAGCAGUUCUCAGAAUUUAAAACGAAAGUAGUAUUUAUUUUGGUAACGAGGAAGUCGCUCAAACUCUCUUUAAUUGUUCCAAAUGAUUAUGAGAAUGAAUUGUAACUAAAAGCUGUGUGUGCGCUAAAGAGUGUAUAUAAACGAUUAACGAUAGUAUUACCGGAUGACUGGCCGUGGCGACGCAAACAGAGCAAUCUCUAAUUUUUAACCGUUGUUUUCAAAGAGCUAAAAUAUUCUUUGUGCUUUGAUGAUAGGAAACAGCAUUACUGUCAUUGUGGAUUUGUUUGAGUUUAUAUGAUUAUUAGUGAUGUAUUGGUUAGUGUAUUUCGCAAAAUUCUGUUUUUUAACGAAGCCAGUAAACUGUUUGUGUAGAAAGGAGCCCCAGUUGGCUCACGCUCGACAAAUGAAGUGAAAAUUCUUGAAUGUAUGAAUUAUUUCAUAAAUUAUUCCGACCAAUUAUAAAAUUAGAUUAAUAGGAGAAUUUGAAGAACUAAGUUAAAUGUUCAUAGGCGGUUGAUAUAACUUGACGCGUAGUUUUAAUUAGUCUUUCUGACGAUGCCUUCACGUUAUGGUUCGUAGCGCAUAUUAUUUGAAACGAAUUUAAGCUACAAGGUAGCCCCAGUUGGCUACAAUAGUGAGAUUACUGCUUUUAGACUCCUAGGAAUUAGCUUGAAGCCCAAAUAAAACAGAAUUUCCAGCCACCCAUGUCCUAAAUUACAGACACAUGCAAUGAUCGCAAACGAACUGUCCAAAAAGAUAAUAUAUUAAAUCACGAGUUAGAAUGUUGCUGAUUGUUAAUUGUUUCCAACGAUAAAGUUUGCUUAUUUGAUUUGACUAAAUCUUUCGUUCCAGAUUUGAAAUAAAUUAUUGUAAAUUCAUAUAUUAGCACAGAUGGUAGUUUUAGGAGACGAUAAAGGUUUUGCUAUAGUACCAGCAUUUCCGCUAUUAUUGAUUAUUUUUAUAAAUAAAAGACUGUUUAAUGUUA